AUGUAUAUGACAAUGUAUGGAAGUAAGAACAUGUUGCCGGACAGAUAUUCAAUGCAACUGGCACGAAGACCAGAACAUCAAAUAGAUAUGCAGUCUUUAAGAAAGUCAUCACCAUUCAUCCAAGUGCGCAGAAAAAUAUCAAUUAUAAGAGGUACCGGCGUAGUGAUAGAAGGAAUUAGCAACAGAGUAAAAAGAAUAUGGCGUGUGAUGAAGAAUACGAAGAGGCCAUUCAACACAGAUGACAUCAGUGCAUUUGUUUCAUGGCUUUUGGCUGGAAAUGUUGUACUACUCAUUAUAGGAACGACCACAUUUUUUUCACUUUUGCUCUAUACUCUGAAUACAGUGCUUGCUCAGGAGCUGGUGGCCGAAUGGAUAGGAAAUAUGAUAACAAAAAAUUCAAAGCUCACUGUAACUUUUGAGAGUGCCAUAGUUCCGGAUUGGAAAGACGGGAAAAUUCAGUUUAAGAAUUGCACGGUGAGUCGGAGACCUAAGAAUGCCGGUACAUUCAAGAAAAUAGCAGUAAAUGGAGAAGGUGCAAAUGAUGAAAACCACAAAGUAAGGCACAAGUUUCUGGAAAUGGGAAAGAAUUUGCCGUGGAAUAAAAAUGGAUCCGAAAAGAUGGAAGAUAAGACCGCCGAGUACGAUGAUGGAAAUUAUACGCAAUUUGAUUUCACAAUAGACGAAGUAAAUGUAUCACUAAGCUUUAAGAAAUGGCUGAAUGGCAGAGGCAUUAUAAAAGAAGCAUCUGGAAAGGGAGUUCGAGGUGUAGUUGAUAGAACACAUGUUUUCUGGAAGAAAGGCGAUUCAGCCACCAAAUAUAAGAAUGUUGCACAACCUGGUGAUUGGGAAAUUGAGAACUUUCAGGUAGAGGAUGUGUUAUUUAAACUGAUGAACCCAGAUGGUUUUAGAUCAUUUUCAGUGUCUAUUUACAAAUGCGAGGUUCCACUGUUACGAAAGAACUGGCUCAUGUUUGAUAUUUUGAAUGCAAAGCACAUGAGCGGAAGUUAUGAUGGAUCUCUAUUCACCAUGAACCGCCUGCAGAGAUUUGACAGCUUUAACGAGGAAAAAAGAAUUGACCGCGAAGUGAGGAAGACACACUUAAGGGAGGAGAAAUACCAGGAUUUAAGCUUAGUGGAUGAUCAUAGUUUUAGUAGAAUGACCAGAUUUCGGAUUGAUAACUUGAAGCUUGAUCAUUUGAAUCGGGGAAUGUCUGGACCAUUCGGAUGGAUCAAUAAAGGUACAGUCGACAUGAUUGCCGAUGUUAUUGUUCCUGAAAAGAACAUCUCGAUGAAUGAUAUAUCCAUCGAUGAGAUAGUGAAAUAUUAUAGUAAAAACCUUCGUGGGAAGGCUAAGAAAGCAGAUGACAAGCUCGCUAUGAAUAAUAUGUUCAUUUUAGACUUCUACCUAAGAUUGAACAAUCCACGAGCUUCGGUCCCAUUGUUUUCAAACGAUCUUUCAUAUGUAAACAGUGCUCUGAUACAGCCGAUUGUGGCAUACAUCAACUCAAACAAGACAUAUAUUCCUAUCAGGUGUCGUAUUUACAAAGACGUCGAAGAUUUUGAUGGAUCUUGGACAUUAUACGAUUCGCUUUUGAUGGAUGAUUUAUCUAUUGGAGUUUACAAAAGCUUUGCGGAUUAUGUAUCAGACGAACAAAAGAGAACGGAUCGGGUCAAGAAAAUCAGCAUCUGGUCUUUACAAUUUUUGUUGCAGCUGAUACUUUUGAGUUUGAGCACUCUAAACAGCUGA